CCCGUUUCUGAUUUAUUGUGACAAUAUAAAUAUGUCAACAUAUUUGCAUUGUAGAUUAUCUUUUUUCUUUACAAAUAUGUCUACCAGUUUGUAUUCCUUGAUCUACGUUCCCCGAUCUAUCGCUCUUUUGUCUAGUGGAUUGUUUGCAGGUGCUUCCAUAUCUAUUAACUAUACCAAUGUUCCUGCUAUUAAAGCAUCCAAGGACCCUUUACCAGUAUUUGUCAAGACUUAUAAACAAGGCGCCAAACAGGCUAUUACUGAGAUUUUAGUCAGCACUGCCGCUGGUGCUGCUUGCUAUUACUAUACUCAUGACAAACGCUUCGUAUAUGCAAGCAUUGCAUCUUUCUUUAGUGCGCCUUUUACUGCGUUUGCUAUUGCUCCCGUCAAUAACCAACUGUUUGCUCUGGAAAAGCAAGGUGACAACUAUGAUCGCAAGAAGGUGUAUGAAUUGGUCAAAAAAUGGAACAAACUGCAUGCUGUUCGAACCUGUGCUAGUAUAAUUGCAUUCCUUAUUCAUGUCCUCUAUUAGAAUACAUGAUGCUGCUUAUAAAAAUAAUACAGUUUCUUUUUUUUUUUAUCC